AUGUUUGAUAAUUGCCUGAAGCCUCCUGUGGAGUAUACAUCAGGAGUUGGAAAGAAAUCUAUGAAACACCGACGACCUCCUCCAUCAAGAUCUAGAAGAACAAAUAGUUCCAGUAUUACAUCUUCAAGUGAAGGUACAUCAGUUCAGCCAGACAGGGUGGAGUCAGAGAGUUCAAGUCCAAGUUUUAAAAGUACUCUUCAAAGAAAAAAAAGCCCAAGUGAACCUGUAUUAUCCAAGAAUGCACAAUCACCAAGAAAAUCCAGACCACAUCUAAGAAACCUUGCAACUGUGAACAAAACUAAGACAUUGAAUACCAAACCUGAAAGAAAAACAAGUUCAAGUCCUAAAAAGCUAAAAAUUAAAAAAAUUGAGGAAAGAGGAAAACCAGAAGAUGAAGAAAGAAAAGAGGACAGCAAAAAUAAGAAAGAAGAAGAAGUAGAUACAGAACAAGAACCAAAGGAAAAUCAAAUCAAAUCAAAUACAUUAGAUAUAACCAAACAAACCAAUUUAGCUGAUAGUCCUCAUGUGAGUGUUGAAAAUUCUGCUAAAACAAUAUCAAGUCCAACUAAAAGUAGAAGUAAAAAAUUUUUAAAGAAACUUAGUCCUACUAAGACACCAUCAAGUCCAACAAAACCCCCAUUCAGUCCCACAAAACCUUUAUCCAAUGCCAUAAAACCUCCAACUAGUCCCAACAAACCCCCUUCUUGUCUUACUAAACCUCCUUCCAGUCCAACAAAACCACCGACAAGUCCUACUAAACCCCCUACCCGUCCAACAAAGAACUCAUCCAGUCCAAGAAAAGCAUCAAAAAGUCCAAUUAAAAAAUCCCCCCUGAAGCCCAAAGAAAACGCAAGCUCUGAGCCCCAAGAAGGCCAGGAAGUUGAUCUUGAUGGAGCUUGCUCUGAAACCUCUGAAAGCCCCACUAAGAAACCAUUUCUGAAAUCCAAAAGAAAAAUGGCUCGAAAGGAAUCCUUAUUUUCAGAUGAUGAGUGUGAUUACAGCAUAUCUGGAAUAUCAACAAAGCGGAAAACAUAUUUAGAUAUUCUUCAGCUAGAGAAAAUGAGACGAGAAAACUUAAAGAAGCUAAAGGAAAGAAAAACAAUUGAGGGAGAAGAAUUACUCAGAGAUAAGUCCAACAGAGCCUACACAAAGGACAAAAAAGGGCGUAGGAAAUAUGUAGACAGUGCUUCAAGUGUACCUUCAUCAGCUGAUGUGUCUGGAAUUAGUCAAAGUACAGGUCCCGAUACCAUUGAACUUGGAAUUAAGGAUGUACUUCAUAAGGAGGCAAUAAGUUCCAGUAAUGCAAACUAUGAUAGAAACAGGGAAACUAUGGAGACAUUAAUCAAGAAGAAAAUCAGAGAGGAAAGCUUUCUAAAAUCCUUGUGUCAGACAGAUGAAUGGUUUCUACAGAAUGUUGUGAGAACUAUGGCGAGGUUUGGGGCACAGAUUAAGAUGUAUACAAAGACCCAGGCCAUGUUUUAUAUUGUUUUGAACAAAUUGGGAAAUUUCUGGACCUGCAAUGGGAACCCAUCUCCAUCAGAAAAAGGUAAACAUUUACGAUGA